UUGGGGGGGGGGGAUUCUUCACUAGCACAAACACGUUUCGAACCAGGCCACAACGUGUAAUUUCAGCCUUUGGAAUAAGUUAGUUACAAUUCUCUGCUUCUUAGGGGAUAAAAUAUCGUGUCUAAAAAAACGUCCAGCCCAUUUGGUAUUGCCCAUUUCUACAACAAACUCAAAAUUACUUCCUUUUUUUGCUGUUUUCGCAGACGAGAACGGAUGUCAGACUGUUCUUAUAAAGAGAGGAAACAUUAAUUGCUACUAUCGCUACAGCAUCGAUAGUACGUAUUAUCUAUCGCUACAGUACAGGUAUAUCUUUGAAAGCGGAACUUUUGCAGUGAACGCGAAAAAUUGUUCUCGGUGCUAGGAUGUCUUUAAACUCUUCGUCGGACGCGAAUGUUGCCCGUGAUGCUUUUCAGAGAAUUAACACCUACGUGAAACCCAACGACCUUUCGGAAACUGACAAGUUUUACACUUCUUGGGUUGAGACUUACGAUGCGGAUUACAGUGUGAUCGAUUACAAGCCUCACGCUCGUAUGGCGAGUACUUUAACAGCAUCAGUCAACGACGAGGACAAAAUAAACGAAAAGUUUUGCGUAUUAGACAUAGCUUCAGGUACUGGAAAUUGUGCACAGACCCUAAGAAAUAAUGGUUUCAAAUGGACAAUCGAUGGUAUAGAAGGAAACGCAGCAAUGAAUGAGAAGGCCAAAGCUAAAAAUCUUUACAGAAAUCUCAAGGUGGAAUACGUUACUCCCAAUGAACGUAUGACGUAUGAUGACGACAGCUAUGACGUCAUAGUAUCAAUCGGUGGGUUUUCAAGAACUCAUAUACAACCGGAAUGCAUUAAGGAAGUCCUUAGGAUUUUAAAACCGGGGGGGUUGUUCUGGUUUUCAGUGAGAAAGAGUGAUGCUGCUGAAAGUUACAAUGUAACGGUAGAUGCCAUCUUAACCGAUUUGGUUCACAAAAACCUUGUAAAAAUUCUGGCAAGAGAAGAGAUGGACUAUUAUGGCUGCAAAUUUGACAAAACAAUUCAAAAACAGGGAUACGAACGUUGUGUUCGAAAGAUUUGAUAAUAGUUUAAUAAACAAUUCAGAUAAAAAAUAAAUUCGUGUAAACAGA